CUCCAGGCUUCUCUCCCUCCCGGGUUCUGGCUCCAGGCAGCAGAACUGGGUCCGGAGGUACCCUGUGGUCAGACUCCCACUGGCCACCAGCUCCCCUCCUGUAGCCGCCCCGCAGGGGCACGCCUCCCGCAGCUUGCAAUCAGGAACUUGAGGGCAAGAUUCUGACUUCCCUCUUCAUUAAAAUAAAUAAAUAAAUACUCGAAUACAUAGAAUCCCUUGCCUGGGAAGCGUGGAAGCUCGGCAAGGAGUUUGGAGACGGGCGCCCCCUCCUCACGAGUCCAGGAGCAAAGUUGCAGCCGCCCCUCCCCGCCGGCCAUACCAGCAGGCUCUCCAGUUUCGCCCUGGUGGCAGCCACUCGGGCCAGGGUCCCAGCUCCAUCUGGGGACAGCGCUUCCCGCAGCCUUGGCACGGGCUGGCGGCGCUCGGCAGCCCCGUGACUCGGAAGGGCGAGUCACUUCUAAGGAGGAGGCUGAAGGGAUCCAGCAGCAGGAGGAUAAGCCAGCCAAGCCAGGUAUUUGAGCCUGAUGACCUUUAUUCAGGGGUCAAUUUCUCCAAGGUUCUGAGUACACUUUUAGCUGUCAACAAAGCAACAGAAGAUCAGCUAUCAGAAAGACCAUGUGGACGGUCCUCUUCUCUUAGCACAACCAACAGCUCUCCGACAAACCCACAGGCAGCCGUUCCCAGCACAACUCCGGCGCAGCAAAGCCAGGCAAAGGCAGUGGAGAUGACGGAAAAUGGAAGUCACCAGUUGAUAGUAAAAGCAAGAUUCAACUUCAAGCAGACAAAUGAAGACGAAUUGUCAGUUUGUAAGGGGGACAUCAUUUAUGUCACUCGAGUUGAAGAAGGAGGCUGGUGGGAAGGCACAUUAAAUGGGAGAACAGGAUGGUUCCCUAGCAAUUAUGUUCGAGAAAUUAAACCCAGUGAGAGACCUCUGUCCCCUAAAGCUGUCAAAGGAUUUGACACUGCUCCACUUACCAAGAAUUACUACACUGUGGUGUUGCAGAACAUCUUGGAUACUGAAAAAGAAUAUGCCAAAGAACUGCAGUCUCUUCUUGUUACUUACCUAAGACCCUUGCAGUCUAAUAACAACCUUACUACUGUGGAGUUUACAUGUUUAUUGGGAAACUUUGAAGAAGUAUGCACAUUUCAACAGACCCUCUGCCAAGCCCUGGAAGAAUGUUCAAAGUUUCCAGAAAAUCAGCACAAGGUGGGAGGCUGUCUACUGAACCUCAUGCCUCAUUUUAAAUCGAUGUACCUGGCUUACUGUGCGAAUCAUCCUUCAGCUGUCAACGUGCUCACCCAGCACAGUGAUGAUCUAGAACGAUUCAUGGAAAAUCAAGGUGCACCCAGCCCUGGUAUCCUCAUUUUAACAACAAGCCUCAGCAAACCAUUCAUGCGACUGGAAAAGUAUGUUACUCUCUUGCAAGAGCUGGAACGACACAUGGAGGACACUCAUCCGGAUCAUCAAGACAUUCUGAAAGCAAUUGUAGCAUUCAAAACACUCAUGGGGCAGUGCCAAGAUCUGAGAAAGAGAAAACAGCUGGAGUUGCAGAUCCUUUCCGAACCCAUUCAGGCAUGGGAAGGAGACGAUAUCAAGACCCUGGGAAAUGUGAUCUUUAUGUCACAAGUAAUGGUGCAGUAUGGAACCUGUGAGGAAAAAGAGGAACGGUAUUUCAUGCUAUUUUCAAAUGUCUUGAUCAUGUUGUCUGCAAGUCCUCGGAUGAGUGGCUUUAUCUAUCAGGGAAAAAUACCAAUAGCAGGGAUGGUGGUGACUAGAUUAGAUGAAAUUGAAGGGAAUGACUGCACAUUUGAAAUCACAGGUAACAUGAUAGAGAGAACUGUGGUCUGUUGCAACAAUAACCAGGACUUCCAGGAAUGGCUGGAACAGCUGAACAGACUGACCAGAGGACCAGCCUCUUGCAGUUCAUUAUCUAAGACUUCAUCAUCAUCAUGUAGUACUCAUUCUUCUUUUAGCUCUACUGGACAGCCCCGAGGACCCUUGGAGCCUCCUCAAAUUAUAAAACCGUGGAGUUUAAGUUGCCUACGACCUGCACCUCCACUUAGACCAUCAGCAGCUCUAGGUUAUAAAGAGAGGAUGUCUUAUAUCUUAAAGGAAUCUAGUAAGAGCCCCAAGACGAUGAAGAAGUUUCUUCACAAAAGAAAGACUGAGAGAAAAGCAUCUGAGGAAGAAUACGUGAUUAGGAAAAGUACAGCUGCUCUGGAAGAGGAUGCUCAGAUCCUUAAGGUGAUCGAAGCCUACUGCACCAGCGCCAGUUUUCAACAAGGUACUCGUAAAGAUUCUGUCCCACAAGUACUACUCCCUGAGGAAGAGAAACUCAUUAUUGAAGAAACCAGAAGUAACGGGCAGACCAUCAUUGAAGAAAAGAGCCUUGUUGAUACUGUUUAUGCCUUGAAGGAUGAAGUCAAAGAACUGAAGCAGGAGAAUAAGAGAAUGAAGCAAUGCCUGGAAGAAGAAUUGAAGUCGAGGAAGGACCUAGAAAAGCUGGUCCGGAAGCUGCUGAAGCAAACAGACGAGUGUAUUCGAGCUGAAUCCAGCAACAAGACCCCUAUUCUCCCAUAAGCAUCACUGUGCAGCUGAGGCUAGGGCCUUCAGCACUUGUUGAGAUGGCCAGCUGAAUGAUUGACUGUGCACUUCAGCCUCUGCUUUGUGUUGGGAAUCUCUCUCUCUCUCUCUCUCUCUCUCCACCUUUGUUUGCUUGAGUGUUCAUUACUUGACUAUCAGUUGAUCGGUAUUUGUUUUAACAGGGGAAACUACCUGGGUGGUGAUAAAAUAGCCCCAAUACUUUGGUAUGCCCAACAGCCCUUUACUACCUAAUUAGCUGAAGGCAAAGCUUCGCAGCCUAUGUCUAGAGUGGGUGAAACAACACCUUUGUCCAAUGACCCAGCUGUCACAUGGCUUCCACACUUUAAAAAUUCUUGUCCUGCAUCGUCUGUUAAGACCAAGGGCAGUGUAAUGCCCUUAUUCCCUUUGUGCUGGUGUACAUUUGAAGUCAGUGGGGUAGGAACUCCAACUGUCCACACCAGCACUAAGUCCAUCAGCAAACAGCUUCAGCCCCUCCCCACCGGAGCAGCAGAGCAGAGCAGCUAUUCCUAGUGCACUACAGCUUGACAGCCCAAACUUCUGCCUCUAUGUAAUUUUCUACCUCCCCCUAAGCCCUGUGCUUUUAGCCAGCUAUACCAAGUGGUGUGCAAAGUAGUGUGGAUGUGCUUUGCUUAUUUUGUUCGUUACAAUGAGCAGUGACUUUGCCUUCAAUAGUCAAAUUCCAACCUUUCCACCUUUCUAAACAACCUGGGUGACAAGAUACCAUGCUCUAGUACACACCUUCCAUCCCACCUCAUCAAGCUCUGGUUGCUGCAGGGAGAAGUUAGACUCAUCAUUGGCAUCUUUGGUGGUUGCCUUGAAUAUGACGAGCCAGUUAGUGUACCCUGAGUGAAAGGGCCUCCCCACUAGCCGUGCUGGCUGCUAGUGAAGCCGACUGUCUGCAAGUAGUUUGCACAAGUUGUUUAUAAAGCCCCAAACCAUUGACUUUGUCAGUAGUCCAGAAAUCUGAACUCUGAGAAAGCAGAUCCAGAAGAGCGCCCCAGAAUAACACUGUGCACAGGUCAAAAUGGGCCAGGGCUGCAGGAUGGGGCCGGGGUAACUUGGCCAGAUAGCAAAGUCACUUAAAGAGAGUCAGAAAGCCAGCAAAGUUUAUAUGUAUAUUUGAUGGGUGUCUGUAAGUGCUGUUUCAAAUCCAAACUCGAGGCCUAAAAUCUUGUUGAGGAGCCUUUUUACUUUCAUGGUACAGGGCUAUUGUCUCCUGUUACACGGAUGACAUUCUAGCCUCAGACUAUUGCACACGGCUGUCUUUGACAGCUUGGGUGAAGGUUUCUAAGAAUGGCUGUCCUGUUUCUAAGCCCAGACAUUUGUAUGAGACAUCUUUCAUGUAAAAUUAAAAAAGAAAUAAGAAACAACAGUAGUAACCCAGAUGUUCACAUGUGUCUUGUCUGUGCUUAGUCAAGAGUUUGCAAUAAAUGUGCAGAUUUUGUCCCUAGGAAACACUUUAGUGAUUACCAAAUAAUUUAGUUGAUUGCUUAGAACAUUGAAAGGUCUCUAAAAGGAUGUGUACAUAUGCAUGUUUGGGGACUUUGCCCUUCUAAGGAGAGGCCCUUGGUACUUGGGAUAUUGAAACUUGUGCAGUGGGCUGCCCGUGCUUACACACUAAAUAAUAUAAAGGAAAUGAAGCCAUGUUAACCCAACAGCCGCGUCUUCAUAGUUGUGUUGUUUACAAUACUCUAUAAAUGGGUUCCUUUUCCUCUGUAAUUAAACUGCUGCCCUUAGAGGCCUUUCAGUUUCUUCUCUGUCAUGUCCCUUCUUACAGCAACUCAGAUUUUCUAAACUUGUUUUUAUUUUAAAGACUUUUAAAAUGGACAUUUUCAAUAAACAAGAAUAAACAGUGCUUUAUAAAUAA